AAGGGAAAUUGGUCUAGUUUUUUUCCUUAGCACAGACCAAGAAAGUGAGAACAAAGAAUUCCCAUACAAUUUUCCUUCAGAAUAAAACGCUCUCUCUUCUAUCUGUGUUCCAAACCCUAGCCGCCGCUACCUCUCUCCUCUUUUCCAAAACAAAUAACUAACACCAUUUUCUUGCUCAUCAUCGCAUGGCCGUCAUAAUAAACCGUUUAGAUUCUUCGUUCGAAGAACAUCACUGUCUUUCUUCGCAUUCUCCAUCUUCCUUCGUAUGUCUCUAAUGCGUUACUAUGUUUUGGGUCAUUGCUGGUUUUGAUGUUAACAUACUUGUUCUAAAUCUUAACUUUUAUUUAUCCAUGCUGAAAUUUCUUUUUAAAAAAUUUCUAGAUUUCUGAAAAUCACUAAUUUUUACUUUGUUACAUUUGGGUGGUUAAAAUCAUUUUAUUAGCCUCUAACUUUAUUUCAAUUCGAAAUAUUAAAUCCUUAGACUUCAAAUAUUUUGUUGGGUGGAAUUUGAUUUUAGAAUCAAAGAUGUUGCAAAACAUAUGGAUUUGUAUUUACGCAAAAGAAUACUUAUUAUUUUAACUUUGGAAACAUAGAAACCUAAACAGCAUGUUUUUAAUUUGGUUAGAGUUGGAAAUUAAAUAAGAAAUUUGGUUAUAUUAUUGGGAAUUAAUAUUUUUCGGUGGGUUUUUAAGGUUAAAGGAUUUUUAAUAGAAUAUGUAAAAAAAAAGAAUUCUAAAAUAGAAAUUAUUUUCUUCAAUUUGAAAUUAAAUGAUGACGUUUUAAUUUCUUAACGAUUCUUAAGAUUAAUAUGACUUGGAAAUAGCACGAUUCUUACUUCUUAGAAGUGUUAUAGUAGACCAUUAGAAGUGUUACAGUAGACCAAGUAGCAGUUCUCAUUCCUUAGUGUUUCUUUGCUCCACCUUAACCACUUCUAAUUUCAAAUCAAAAACCUAAUCCAUUCAACAAAUGUUUGUCGGUGCUGGUGGAGCCAUAGCUCAUCCACCUCCAGAAUGUCCAACCCUAGAUUUCUCUGAGCAAGUCUACAUCUCAUCCCUCCCUCUUCUCAAGAUGCUUAAACACGGCAAAGUUUCUUUUUUUAGCCUAAUCAAAUCACGGUCUAUCCAAUUUUCAAAAUUAAGGUUUCAUGAAUUCGUUUUAAUUUUGUUAUAUCUUGAAUAUAAUAGGUAGGGUUGGUGCUCCCAUGUUGGUUAUGGGUUUGAUGCUUGGAGAAUUCGUGGAUGAGUACACCGUCUGUGUGGUUCAUAGGUUCAUAGUUUGCAAUGCCACAGAGUGGAACUGGUGUAAGUGUUGGUGUUAGUGUUGAAACUGUUGAUCGUGUUUUUUAGACAAAUAUGCUCAAACAAACUGGAUGACCAAAGAUGGUUGUUGGAUGGUACUAUUUAUAUCCUGGAUUUGGAUGUUGGUUGUCUAGGGUUGACAUCAAUACAGGUUCUACUAUAGUCUUUUUGUUUUAAGUCUUGUUUCAGUAUAUGUUUGGAUUGGUGAUAUAUGAUGAGUAUAUGUUUGGAUUGGUGAUAUGUGAUGGAGUGAAAUAGAGUGGAGUGACCGGUAAUCAUAUUCUAUUGUUUAGAAUUUUUAAAUAAUAGAUGAAGCGGGAUUAAGCAUGAUGAAAUCCACCCCACCCAAUUCUUCUAUUUUCAUUUUGUUCAGUUUGGGUUGUAUGCAAUUGAAUGAACUAUAUACUUAUGUUUCAUUCCAUGAAGUUAUAAAAAAAUACCCAAACAAUAUAAUGAUAUAUUUGAUCCAUUCUGCCCUACUCUACUCAAAUCUUUUAAGUUCCAUUUUUCUCCUUUGUUCUACUCCAUCAUUCCAAACAUAGCCUAAAUUUUCCUAUAUUUGAUCCCUAUUAGUUUUGUUUUUAAAGAUUUUUGUAAUUCUUAAUAUAAAAUGUGUUUAUUAAUUUAGCAUGCAUUGAUUUACUCUUGUGCAACAAAUACACUUAUGUGAUUCCACUAAUAUUUCAUGUUUUGAUCAAUAAUCUAAUGACUCAUCACUUCGAUUGAGUUAAUAUGAUUGUAUUUUUUGAUCAACAUUGACUAAUAUUAAUUAAUGAAUUUGAAAGAUAGAACAAAUAAAUCUUCUAGUAGUCAUGUAAUUUGACACUAUUAUUUUUAACAUUUACAUUAUUCUCUAGUUUUCAAUUUAUUUGAUUUACAUGUGCGUUUUACACGUUACAAAAAGGACCCAUGCCAUCUCCCCUUCAUUUUUAUAUGAUUGACAAUUGUCUUAGUCCGUGCUUCCAUUAUCUUUCCCUAUUGAAAAAAUUCAUAACUAUUUCGAGGCCGCUACUGUAACAAGGUAAUUAUAAUACUUUUAGCGCAACCAGGUAAUUAUAACAUUUUUAUUUAUCAUUUCAAUUUGUUUUUUUAGUUUUAUUAAUUUUUUUUAUUAUUUUAAUUUUGAAAGUUUGAUGACAACAUCAUGGUCGUUUUUUUUAGUAUAUGACAAAUUUUAAUUUUUUAAAUUAUCAAUGGCGUAAGCAUGGUAUUUGUUCAGUAGAUUAUCAAGGGUCGUUUUUCUAGUAUAUGACAAAUUUUAAUUUUUGGAAUUAUCAGUGGCGCAAGCAUGGAACUUGUUCAGGAGAGCAUGAAGAUCAUGAAGAUUAUAGAAGUCCAAGCUUGCAAGUGAUGGCUGUAAAAGAAAGGUAGUCCGUGCAACAAUCUUUCAAUUAUAAGGUACACAAUUUUAUUUAUUUUAGGGAGGGAUGGGGGCAAUUAAACUUAGUUCUUUAUGUUGAGAUGUGUUAUGAGAGUAACUGAAAGAUUUGGUGAGUGGAUUUAACGGAUGCUAAAUAAAAUAUUGUUGGGUUAUCUUAGUAGGCAAUAUAUAUAAUAAGAAAAAUGGACGGGAAAAUAGGCCUACCAGUAGUACAAAUAUAUCAUUAGUUAGUUGGAAAGAAAGGACUUAUUCCCUACUCAUAAAACUAGUUUUGUUGCAUAGAGUUUGUAUAUUGAAAAAGCAUAAGUAUGUUUUUACUAAGAAUGGAGUGGAGUGGAGUGGUGCAACCAUGGUUUUAAAUUGCGGUCCGCAACCGCAAUUGCGGCCGCAAUAUUGCUGAUGCGGUAGCCUCCGCAUCCGCAUCGGGCCGCAAUUGCGGUGUGAUUUGUAAUCACACGUCCAAUAAUACUAGAAUUCGAUUCAAACACCUUAAGCCAUGUUUCUUCACAUAUUUUCAUAAUUAUUCAACAUUUGAGAACCCAUAAACUCAAUUUACAUGUGAUUUAUAACAUAAAAUAUUAACAUUAAGUGUUUUUUAAUGGUGUAUUUCAAAUAUUUCCUUAUUUAAAUUCACGCCGCAACGGCCGCAAUGCGCAUCGCAACAACCGCAUUGGCCGCAAUCGCAACACCCGCAACCGCAUCCGCGACCGCAACCGCAAUUUAAAACCAUGGGUGCAACUUAGAAAAAAGAAAGAAAAUUACUGAGGUUUUGCCGUAAACAAAUUUGCCAUAAACAAAUUUGUAAAACAGUUCCUGUUGUGUCAAUUUUGGUACAUCAAUUUCACCUAAUUGUUAAUGUUCAUAUAUUAUAUAUAUUUUUAUCAAUACUAGCUAGGGAUGUACACAUCCCAUGCCUUUAACUUCUAUAAAGUAGUUGUCACCAUAAGUUGAAUUAGGUUAGCGUACAGGAAAAGCAAACCUGUCCUCAAUUUUUUUAGCACAAUAUGUACAAACUGCUGCCUUGCCUUGGUAAUGGUUGUUUGGUUGUUGUUAGCUGUACUAACAUUUAACUCGACCAUGCACUUACAUGUUUUUAGCUUUUGCUUUGAGAUUUUUGUAUUAUCAUAUUUGACAUCUAACAUUGUUCUUAUGCAGACAAUAGAGUUAUGAAUUUGGCCAAGAGUGUGAAUUCUUUCAAACAUACUCAGUAGUGUAUAAUCUAAAAAAGUGUUACGAUAUAUAUGUAUGGCAUUCAAAUGGGAAUUUUUUUUUUGAAUAACUAUUUUUUUAAAAAAAAUUCCAAAAAUAACUAGGUUUUCAAAAAAAUUACACAAAUGUCACUUUUUUGCUAAAAACAACACGUUGUCGCCAGGGGGGUGGCGACAACAAUGGGCCAUAAGUGUACUCGCCAGUGGGCCUGGCGCCUACGUGUGUGUUUUAGGUGUUGUCGCCACCCCCCCCCCCCCCCCCGGCGACAACACCCCCCCCCUUAUUUUUUUUUCUUUUUUUUUUUGUAAUUUUUUUUCUUUAACAUAAUUUUUCUUAAAUUUUUUUAGUAUUUUUUUUUAAUAACUACAAUUUUUUAAUAUUAUUUUUUAGUAUUUUUUUUUAACAACAAUUUUUCAAUAAUUUUUUUAUAUUGUUUUUUUUAUCUAUCUUGUUAAAAUUAUUUUUGGAAGUUGGUGGUGGAUUCAUUAUUUUGAAAGUUGGACAUUCGUUAAAAUAAUUAUAUAUUAAAAUACAAUAACGAUACAUUGACGAUACAAAUACAUUAAAAUUAAAGACAUUUCAAAAUACAUUAACGAUACAAAUACAUUAUAAUUAAAAACAUUACAAAAUACAUUCACGAUACAAAUAAAAAUCUUAUUGCGUGCCACGUGGACCAUGGUACGAUCCACAUUGAGGUUGCCUAAUGGGUCGUGUAGACGGGUCACGAGUUGGUAAUGCCCCCUAUUCCUGCGACGACGCCCCCCUCUAUUUGGUUUGUCUUGUGCCAGAGUCGACGGCCCCUCAAUGAAACCUGGGUCUUCAACAUCUUGACCUAUAGAAUUCCCUCCAUAGGAUAGGCGGGUGCCCGCGGCGCUGUCGAAGCUUUGUCUAGGCGGGUUGAAAUUCCUCCUAGUGGGUGCGGCCUGGAAGUUUUGGAAGUUGGUGGUGGAUCCGGUUUGGUUAAAAUACAAUGGUUGUGGCGGUGUGUUGAGGUCAAAUUGUUGGUUGGGGUACUGUGAUGUGUGUUGGUCGAAUAUGGUGUAUUGCGGGUAUUCUUCUUCUAUGCCCAUGUCGGGGGUCAUUGGUGGUGAUCUUGAAGAGCUCCCCGCAUGGAAUUCUUUGAAAUGUGAUCUAGAAGAGCUCCCUACAUGGAAUUGUUGAUUUUGUGGUUGAGUUUGGGAUGGAAAAAACUGGUGGAGUUGUUGGGAAUGUUGUUGGUAAAAAGGUGUUUGUGGUUGCAUUGGUUGUUGGUGGUAACUUUGUUGUUGUUGUUGUUGGUGUUGUUGUGGGUAAUGUUGUUGGUGGUAAUUUGGUGGUGGUUGUUGUUGUCCUCCAAAAUAUGGAGGUUGUGCUCGCGGGUCAGCUAAAUAGAAAGGGGCAGACACAAUCAUUUCAGGAUUUGUGACCGAUCUGUACCAGUUUACAUAGUCAACAGUUGGCUUCAUUUCUCCUGGCGCCACAGGAAAUUCUAGAACCGUUUUUGAUCGACGAGCCCAUAUUUUACGCUGAUCUAUAGCAAACGACUUGUAAUUUUCAACGUACCACUGUUCGCUAACCUUCGCAAGAUGCCAACGUCCCAAACAGUCAGGCUCAGGUGGGUCAGGGAUACCUUGAUGCAUGCCGAAUUGGAGCUUGACACGGUCACUCGGGUGCAUCUCCACAGUGGUGAACCGUAUGAUGGGUGAUUUUGCUGUCCAAAUAACCGCCUCGUCAAGGUCGGGUACGUGGUCCAAUUCCAAGUAAGGACGCCAAAUAAACUGCAAAGCAAAUAAUAUUAAUUUCAAAAUAUAGAAGAUAGUUAUUUUUAAAAAUAUAUUUAGAAAAUGGACAUUUUUAGAGGUAUUACAUCUUGGGGUCCUAGUCGAUCUAAUAUUUGGCGAUAGAAAAUGAUUUUGGAAUCAGGCGUUUUGGACCAAUCCAUUCCGAGUGCAUUGAACCUAAACACAUUAAAAGAUAUAACUCAAUAUAGUUACAAAUAAUAAUAGAAUAAAAAGCAAUAAUUAAAAUAAGAUCCAAAAGUUACCUUGAAGCGUAAGGGAAGGCGUAACUGUUUGGAUUUGCAGGGGCCAAUACCGGCAUUCUCCACCAUGCCCAUGCUUGUAGCAAGAAUGCACAUCCACUAAAUGUACAACUAUCUUUUUUUGCACAUUUGCACAAGGAACUAUAUAGGUAUGCCAACACAGCCGAACCCCAACUAUAUGUCUUUAUUGCAUCAAUGUCCUCAAGUAAACACAAGUACAUAAAAUUAACACUAUUUCCCGUGCCUUCGGGAAAUAGAAACUUACCAAACAACAACAUAAUAUACAUCCUAGUUUUCUGCAGUAUAGUUUCUUCGUCAGAAAACUGAUCCAAUUGAAGCCCAGCAUAAGCUAGCUGAAGGCCAGCAAGCUUUAUACCUUGGCCCCUACCCCUUUGUUGCCCCUCACCUUCUAUUAAAUCCGCACCCAACAAUUUGACGCAUAGGGCGUUUGGUUGUUGGACAUUUCCAUACACUGCCUUUCCAUUUGUUUUGAGACCCAAUAACAUGUACACGUCCUCUAGAGUGACGGUAUAUUCACCCAUUGGAAGGUGAAAAGUAUGAGUCUCAGGCCUCCAACGCUCACACAAUGCUAAUAUAAACUUCAUAUCAACUGAGGUAUGUGUUAAGUUCAUUACCUCACCAAAUCCCGCACGUUUAACGUAGUCCACAAUCAAAGGGUCAGGAGCAUUCAUCUUACCAGCACGGGUCCUAAAUCUCGUGACAUCCUAUAAAAAAAACACCUCCCAUAAGUAUUUGAAAUUAUUAAAUUUAAGUAAAAAAAAUUAAGCGUUAACUCAAACUUACAUAAGCGGCAAUGUUUGCAAUGGUUCCUCGAUGCUCUUGACCCAUAGUUAGGAGAGACAUGUUUGUUGAUGAUGAAACACAAAGUUGCUCUGAUGAUAAGUUGCUCUGAUGAAAGUAUAAGAGGUGAUGAAGAACAUGAACAAGUUUGGGAACAUAUUUAUAGCCAAAAUGCAUAGGUUAUUACGAGAUUCCCUGCAGUGUCUUGUCCCGUCAAGUCUGUGGUGGGGACGAGAUUCCCUGCAGUGUCUUGUCCCGUCAAGUCUGUGGUGGGGACGAGAUUCCCUGCAGUGUCUUGUCCCGUCAUGUCUGUGGUGGGGACGAGAUUCCCUGCAGUGUCUUGUCCCGUCAUGUCUGUGGUGGGGACGAGAUUCCCUACAGUGUCUUGUCCCGUCAUGUCUGUGGUGGGGACGAGAUUCCCUGCAGUGUCUCGUCUUGUCAUGUUUAUUUUAAAUUAUUGCAUGCAGUGAUUUAUCAUAAUUUUUAAUUCAUUUAAAACAUAUGAUUAUAAUAUAUUUUGAGGAUUUUAUAUUAAAUUAGCGCAGAUAUAUAUAUUAUGGAAAACAUUAAUUCAUUCAUUAAUUAAAAAGGUACAUUGCCAAUAACCAACACAGAAACUAAAACAUCUAAGAAAAUAACACAUAACAACUUGUAGUACACGCUCGAUCAUUGCAACACUUAAUCUAAACUACUCGAGUAUCACUGCAAGAACAAGUGGAUCUUCAACGCCUCGGUUAACCUCUCCACUGUGUGUCCAAAACAUUAGAUCCACGUCCACAUCGUCUUUCACACGGUCCCAAUAAUACAUGUAGGUGCCUUCUGGAUUAUUAUCCGUCAACGUAAUGUAUGGACAACGGUAAUCUAUCUGUUUAACUUUUCUGGUCGGACCAUCUAGUUGACGAAACCCAGUGUUGAUGGCUCUAACAAUUCUCUGGAAAUUCCAAUGGGGGUUAAGGCAGACACGCAUGUGACUACCUUCCUAAAAAAAACGACAGCCCAAACUGAGUUCAUUUUUAGUGUUUGCAGUAAGAAUGAAGAAAGAGUUGGUACUUCAACUCCACACACACACCUUUAUUUAUAGUGGGUGAAAUACCGCGGAAAAUAAUUUUGCUAAUUAUUAAUAACUUAAAUACUAAUUGGAAACUUUGUAAUGUUAAAAAAACAUUUCAUUAAUAUAUGCUCAGAGCAUUUAAUUGGACGGUACAGAAGUAGCUGAAAUGAUAAAGAAACUGCAACAUCUAGGAUAUUACAACGGUUAGGACAAUGUCUUCUCUGUCCUCCAUCAUUCGAGUGCAUUGAAUGUCGUCCUCCAUUGUCUCCCACCAACGCUGUCUUUCAAGAAAAACACCUCCCCUUGUUCUAAGUCUCUUGAUAGAUCUGAUUUGUUCGCCUUGACUCCACUUUCCCUCCAAAAGCCUGAGAAGGGUUCUCUUAAGCUGGUCCAUGGAUUGAAUGUUCCAAAACAUUACCUGCAUGGGAGGUUUGACGGCAGAGAAAAUAACGUAUCCGUUCCUUCGAACAAUGGGAGGUUGAUAGUCCAAACGCCUUACAGGUGGUGGGGGCUCAGUAGUCCGGUGCGUGCUAUCUGGCCUUAUUCGAGAUUUCAUUUUUUCGUGUGUGUACUGAUGCACACAAGAAACCCUAAUUUAUAGAGGGACAACUAGGGUUUCAUUUACAAGGGAAAAACAUAAACAAUAAUUUUGAAGAAUAAAAAUUAGGGCCCCACAUGGUCCCCAUCUGUUUUCUGUCCCUAGCAUGCGCCUGUAAUGAUUCCUGAUAGAUUCCUGCAACGAUUCCCCCUAUCUUCAUGCAUGCAGCCCUAUCUUUUGUGGCAUGCAUUAGUCAUGUCAAAGUUACUAUCUUGUGCAGAAUUAUUGCUUCAUUUCUUGCAUGCAUUACCCUUGUGUAAGAGGUGGGGACGAGAUUCUUUUGUGGCAUGCAUUAGUCAUGUCAAAGUUACUAUCUUGUGCAGAAUUAUUGCUUCAUUUCUUGCAUGCAUUACCCUUGUGUAAGAGGUGGGGACGAGAUUCUUUUGUGGCAUGCAUUAGUCAUGUCAAAGUUACUAUCUUGUGCAGAAUUAUUGCUUCAUUUCUUGCAUGCAUUACCCUUGUGUAAGAUUUCUUGCAUGAUAUAUAGGUACUACUUCACAUACUAUUUUUUACAACCAUCACAAUUCUCCCAAACAUUUCUUCCUUUUACAACACAAUUCUCACAUUUCUUCUUUCACAAACACAUAUCAAAAUUAUGGCAUCCACCUCGCAGUUCAAAGUUCGUGUUCAUAUGAAUGGUGAGACAUACCACUGCGACACAAACGGUUUUCUAUUUAGAAACACAAACUCAACACGUUUUGCUCUAAAUAGACAAUCAGAUUUCUCUUAUCUAAAAAGGAAAAUCGAAUCCAAAAUAAGAGAACAAGUGUCUCAAAUUUUUUACCGACAACCCCUUCUUCAACCUAACAACUCAGUCAUAUUUUGUCAAUCACAGAUAACAACUGACUUAGAGGUUCAAAACAUGUUCCUCACCCAUGAGUAUUUUGGUUAUGAUUAUCUGGAACUGUACAUAGUGGUUGAACAAAAUGCUCCUUCGCAAAAUAUUCAGUCACAAGAUAUUGAUCCUGUUGUUGAUGACGAACAACAACCCGAACAUGUCAUUGACGAAGAAACUGAUAUAGAAGAUGUUGUUGAUGAGUUGGUGAAUCGUGAAUCCGAAGAUGAAGGUGACGAAGAAGUUCCAGUAACGGAUCGAGUUCCGGAUACACAUGCAUAUUCACCUCCGGCACAUUUCACAACGCUUAAUUUAGGAGAGGACGAGCCAUCGUCCGAUAUGUUCUACAAUCCAUAUAUGAGGUCAAGCGAGGAGUUAAAAGAGGGUGACACGUUUUGUUCGAAGGAUGAUUGUCUGUUGGCUAUAAAAAAUUGGCACUUAUCAAAUUGUGUUGACUUUAAAGCCGAUCGAUCAAAUCCAGAGAGAGUCACUAUUGCAUGCAAAAACCCGGAAUGUGGAUACAUGCUGAAGGCAUCAUUCAGAAAGAAGUUUAACGCGUGGGUGAUACGUUCGAUAUCUCAAGCCCACACCUGCGUCACCACUAACAUGGCGCAAGAUCAUCGAAAACUCAGUCAUGACAUGAUAUGUCAUACCAUCAUUCCUCUGGUCGAAACUGACCCAUCCCUGAAGGUGAAGACAAUUAAUUCUCAUUGCGUUUCUGUGUUCAAAUACAGACCUUCGUACAGAAAGGCUUGGUUAGCGAAACAGAAAGCAAUUGAAAAAGUCUACGGCAACUGGGAGGAAUCGUACCAACAACUUCCUCGAUACCUGGCUGCACUGCAAUUAUAUUCACCUGGGACUGUUAGUAUAUUGGAGACACUGCCGGCACAGUCCCAGGACGGAACCCCUCUCGAAGAUAAUGGAAUCUUCCAUAGACUAUUCUGGGCGUUUCGACCAUGCAUCGUCGGUUUUGGUUUUUGCAAGCCGAUUAUUCAAAUUGAUGGAACGUGGCUGUAUGGGAAAUACAAGGGAACUUUGUUGAUGGCGGUCGCGCAGGAUGGAAAUAGCAACAUUUUUCCAAUAGCCUUUGCUUUGGUAGAAGGAGAAACAGCUACUGCUUGGGGUUUCUUUCUGAAGAAUCUUCGAGCUAGAGUCGCUCCACAACCUAAUCUUUGUUUGAUUUCUGACAGGCACGCUUCUAUUGACAGCGCAUACAACAAUCCGGCAAAUGGUUGGCACAACCCUCCGUCUAAGCAUGUCUACUGUAUUAGCCAUAUAGCACAGAAUUUUAUGAGAGAGAUCAAGGAUAAAUUUUUGAAGAACCACUUGGUGAACGCGGGGUAUGCCUUAAACCAACCUGGAUUUCAAUACUACCGCCGAGAAAUAGCGUUGACAAAUCCAGAUGCAGGGAGGUGGAUUGACAGCAUUGAUAGAGCAAGAUGGACUAGGUCAUACGACGAUGGGGCUAGGUGGGGCCACAUGACUACAAAUCUUGUGGAAUCAAUGAACGGGGUUUUCAAAGGCAUACGAAACCUACCUGUAACUGCCAUUGUUAGUGCUACGUAUUUUCGGAUGGCAACUUUGUUCGCCACACGAGGUAAUAGGUGGAAUUCAGUGUUACAAACACAACAGGUAUAUAGCGAUGUCUGCAUGAAAUAUAUACAACAGGAAUCUGCCAAGGGUAACACUCAUCGAGUGACCGAGUUCGACCGUCAUGGCCACACCUUCAGUGUCAAAGAAACAAUUGACCAUAACCAGGGGCUUCCACGACAAGAGUAUCGCGUCAAUAUCCCAGGUCGUUGGUGCGACUGUGGCCAAUUUCAAGCAUAUCGCAUGCCUUGCUCCGAUGUCCUUGCAGCAUGUUCACACACUCACUUUGAUGCAUUAUCUUUGGUAUCAGAAAUUUAUAAAGUAUCAACGUUUCUCAACGUAUACGACAACUACUUUCCGGUGGUAGCAAUGGAGGCAUAUUGGCCUGUGUACAAGGGGAAAACAGUUUGGCAUAACGAUUUAAUGCGUCGGAAUAAAAGCGGUCGACCAAACAGCAGGCGUAUUAGAACCGAGAUGGACGUAACUGAAAAAAUGCAGAGGAAGUGUAGUAUAUGUCGUGAGGUAGGACAUAAUAGGACCAAAUGUCCCAAUCGUGGAUCUAGUUCCACAACAUAGUUAUU